AUGGAUGGUGCAAAGGCUGUCAGUACGCCCCUCUCCACAACUGACUCACUUAUGCUCUAUGAUGGCUCAUCCCUCACAUAUGCAACUCCCUACCAUUGUUUUGUUAAUGGUCUUCAAUACCUAAGCCUUACAUGCCCUGACAUCUCCUUCACAGUCAAAAAGCUCUCUCAAUUCAUGCAUUCUCCUUUCGAGACUCACUGGCAAGCACUCAAGCGUUUUCUUCGCUACUUGAAAGGUACCAUCUCCUUUGGCCUUCAUCUUUGUCGCCGCCCCUCUCAUCGUCUUUAUGCCUUUUCCGAUGCUGACUGGGCUGGUGAUCGUGAUGAUCGCAAAGCUCCAGUAUUGUUGCCACCACUACUGAACUCACAUGGAUUCAGCCCUUACUGUGUGAACUUGGCAUUCCUCUCCCCACAACACCGGUUGUCUCCUGCUAUUGUGCUAAUCCUGUCCUACAUUCCUUUUGUACGGGAUCAUGUCACUCGUGAUCUUCUUCAAGUGUCUCAUGUCUCCACUAUUGAUCAGCUUGCUGACUCUCUUACCAAACCCUUACUGCAUUCCCGUUUCCAACUCCUUCGUUCCAAGAUCGGUGUCUCCGAUGGUGCCACCGUCUUGCAGGGGCGUAUUAGGGAAUCUCCUACAUCAAAGGAGAUCACUUCAUCAAAAACACAAUCUGCUCCAUCAACCAUACAGUCGACUCCUCCAUAUGAAAGCCAACUAUGA